AUGAGCACAGAGAGGAGUGAGCAAGUCAUCAUUGAUACCAACUUCACCACAAUCCACACACUGGGCAGGAAAAAUGAGGGCAGGCGGCUGCGCUACAUGCAGAAAGAUGGCAGGUUCCCAGUGGUUUUCCAGAAGGCCCCUGGAUACUGGACCCCAUACCUCAUGGACAUCUUCACCACCCUUGUGGAGAUCCGUUGGAGGGUGACGCUCCUGGGUUUCUCUCUGUCUUACAUUCUAUCUUGGCUUUUUUUUGGUCUCUGUUAUUGGCUCAUUGCGAAAGUACACGGUGACAUUGACGAUGUAUCUAACAGUCCCUGCGUGGAAAACGUGCGUGGCUUCACUGGAGCCUUUAUGUUCUCAAUGGAGACCCAGGCGACGAUUGGCUACGGCUUUAGGGGGAUGACUGAGAACUGUAUGGUGGCCAUUAUUUUGGUGACGGUUCAAGAUGUAUUCAGCUGCCUCCUGGACACCAUCGUCAUUGGCAUUGUUAUUGCUAAAAUGGCCUCCGCUCGUAAGAGAGCUCAGACGGUUGGUUUCAGCAGCUGUGCGGUGGUCAACCUGCGGGACAGGGUUCUGUGUCUGUCAUGGCGACUUGGGGACUUCAGGGGAAAUCACAUCCUGGAGGGUGUCGUCAAGGCCAUGUUAGUCCGCUAUAUGAAACAGCCAGGGGGAUCUGUUGUGAUGUCAUACCAGGACGUGUACAUCCAGGAUCGAGACAUUGUCCUCGCCACUCCAGCCACCAUUGUCCACAAGCUGGAGCCUGGCAGUCCCCUCUACAGCAUGGGCCCUGACGACCUGCUGGGGGAAGACUUUGAGCUUGUGGUGUCUUUCACCUACAACGGUGACUCUACGGGGAUGCUCCACCAGUCUCGAACCUCCUAUACACCAGCAGACAUCCGCUGGGGCCAGCGCUUCCAGGACAUGCUGAAACUGGGCAAGAAGCACUACAAGGUGGACUACGCUCUGUUCAAUGUGACCACGUGGGUUCCUGUGCCACUGCUCAGUGCAGAGGAGUUGGACAGGAGGGGACGUCCUGUAGAGGGCAGUCUGUCCCGCGGUCCUCUCGUUGCAUUGGGCAAGAGGAACACUUGCAGAAAGAAUACUCACAACACUGGAGAGGUGAUGCAGCAAACCUGUUUGUGA